AUGAUCGAACCCAUUGGGAAUCAGUAUGUGGUGGCCAGGCAAGUGUAUUCUUCCAGUGCUUUUGGGGAAGAACAUAAGAAGAAAUAUAGACAUCGUAAGACAUUUCUGGAUCAUCUCAAAGUGUGUUGUAGCUGUUCCACACAAAAGGUCAAGAGAAUUGCCCUCUCUUUGUUCCCCAUAGCAUCUUGGUUACCAGCAUACAAGCUAAGGAGAUGGCUGCUCAGUGACAUCUGUUCUGGUAUCAGCACAGGGAUAGUGGCUGUAUUGCAAGGUUUAUCAUUUGCUCUGCUGGUCAACAUUCCUGCAGGCUAUGGGUUGUAUGCAGCCUUUUUCCCAAUCAUAGUAUACUUCUUCUUGGGCACUUCUAGACACAUAUCUGUAGGUCCAUUUCCAGUUCUGAGUGCGAUGUUGGGAGCAGUAGUUUCAAGAAUAGUGUCAACUGCCAAUACAAAUUCUAUGCAACUGUCUAAUGAUACCUCAGUGAUUGAUGAUGAUACGAAGGCAGUGUUGGCGGCUACGACAAUUACAGUCCUUUCUGGAAUCAUACAGCUUGCCUUGGGAGCUCUCCGGGUCGGAUUUGUAGUGAUAUACCUAUCUGAGCCCCUAAUCAGUGGCUUCACCACUGCUGCCGCUGUUCAUGUUUUGGUUUCCCAACUCAAAUUCCUUCUUCAGCUGACAGUCCCGUCAUAUACUGAUCCAUUUUCAUUUUUCAAAGUACUAAUUUCCAUAUUCUCACAAAUACAGAAGACUAAUAUUGCAGACCUUGUGACAUCUGUGAUUGUUGUGGUCGUUGUAUCUGUGUUUAAAGAGAUAAAUGACCACUUCAAAGCGAAACUUCCAGUGCCUAUCCCAAUCGAAUUCAUUGUGACUGUGAUCGCAACAGGCCUGUCCUAUGGCUUUGACUUCCAGAACAGGUUUAAUGUGUCUGUGGUUGGGAGUAUGCCAACUGGAUUCCAGCCUCCUACUACACCUGAUGUGCAAAUUCUUCAAGACACCAUAGGAGAUAGCUUCAGCAUUGCAAUUGUCGGCUUUGCAGUGGCCUUUUCAGUUGCCCGUUUCUAUUCCCUCAAACAUGAUUAUAAGAUUGAUGGCAAUCAGGAGUUAAUAGCCUUGGGAUUGAGUAAUAUAGUAUGUGGCUCAUUCGGAGGAUUUUCCGGGAGCACCGCCCUCUCCAGAUCAGCGAUUCAGGAGAGCACAGGAGGCAAAACACAGAUUGCUGGGAUUAUCUCUGCUGUCAUUGUGCUGAUUGUCAUAGUUGGCAUUGGAUUUCUUCUGGAGCCACUACAAAAGUCUGUCCUGUCGGCUUUAGCCCUUGGAAACUUAAAGGGAAUGCUGAUGCAGUUUACUGAAAUAGGCAGAUUAUGGCGAAAGGAUAAAUAUGAUUGUUUAGUUUGGAUCAUGACCUUCACCUUGACCAUUGUCCUGGGACUCGCGUUAGGCCUGGCAGCUAGUGUGGCGUUUGAGCUCCUGACCAUCGUGUGGAGGACCCAGUUUCCAAAAUGCAGCACACUGGCUAAUGUCGGAAGGAGCAACAUCUAUAAGAAUAGAAAAGAUUAUCCUGACAUGUAUGAGCCAGAAGGAGUGAAAAUUUUCAGAUGUCCAUCGCCCAUCUACUUUGCAAACAUUAAUUUCUUUAAGCAGAAAGUUAUCAAUGCUAUUGGCUUUAGUCCACUUCGAAUUCUACGCAAACGCAACAAAGCUUUGAAGAAAAUCCGAAAACUGCAGAAGGAAGGCCUGCUACAAGUGACACCAAAAGGAUUCAUAUGUACCGUUGAUAGCAUAAGAGAUUCUGAGGAAGAGGUGGACAACAAUCAGAUAGAAGAACUGGAUCAGCCGGUCAAUACUACAGAUCUGCCCUUCCAGAUAGACUGGAAUGCUGAUCUUCCUUUCAACAUUGUCGUCCCCAAAAUCAGCCUGCACAGCCUCAUUCUCGAUUUUUCAGCAGUGUCCUUUCUUGAUGUUUCUUCAAUGUCUGGUCUCAAAAAGAUGUUUCAAGAAUUUAUCAGGAUCAAGGUAGAUGUGUAUAUUGUUGGAACUGAUGAUGAUUUCAUUGAGAAGCUUGCUCAGUGUGAGUUUUUUGAUGAUGAAAUCAAGGACUCAAUGUUUUUCUUAACAAUUCAUGAUGCUGUUUUGCAUAUUUUGAUGAAGAAGGAUUACAACACUUCAAAGUUUAAUUCCAGUCAGGAAAAAGAAAUAAAAUCUGAUUUUACCAUAAACACAAAUGGAAGUUUACGUAAUCGGGAAUAA